AGGACGGCACGCUUCCGGGGGCGGGACAGGAACAAGCCAAACGAAAACUUACCGGGAGUUUGCCGGGCCCAGGCGCUGGCAGUCCCUUAGGGGCUCCAGACCUUGGCGGAUAUUCGGAGCGAACCGGAGUCAGAGGAGGAGUCUUGCUCGUCCAACCGAGAGCAGGUGUGAUCAGCAUUGGAAAGGAUGGAAUUCGAAGAGAGCUGGUCUCAAAGAAUAAUGCGCAUAGAUCCCUCCGACUACCACUACAUGAAAGUCCGCCUAGAAUUUGAAGAACACGGAAUUGGACUGAACGCUGCACAGUUCAAGCAGCUGCUUGUCUCAGCCCUGCAGGAGCUGUUUGGGGAGGUUGGUGCCGCCCUGCCCUUCGACGUCCUCACCUACGAAGAGAAGACCUUGUCAGCCAUCUUGAGAGUAUGUAACAGUGGUUUUGUCAAAUUGUGGAGCUCUCUGACCAUGUUAGGAUCCUAUAAAGGCAACAAGUGUGCUUUCCGAGUGAUUCAGGUUUCUCCAUUUCUCCUUGCGUUAUCUGGUAAUAGUAGGGAGCUCGUGUUGGAUUGAAA